AUGGAGAAGAUGGCGGUCCGAAAUGCGAUUCAGUGCCCUUACGGCACAAGGUGGUACAGCUGCAGUGGCGGCGGAACCAGCUGCUGCAGCGUCGACCCUUGCCACCUCAAGCGUUGCCCGGACGCACCACCGCAGCGUGCCAACGCCUCCUCGACGUCAUCCUCCCCGACGGCAAGGCCGUCCUAUACCAACAGUUCCUCUUCCACGACAGCCCCGUCUUCGUCGACUUCCGACUCGCCAACCAUGGGGCCCGAUCCCACGCGUUCGCUGGUGCCAACCGAUGAAGCCGCGGACGAGGCCGCGACGAGCACAGAGUCGUCCACGUCAUCGUCUUCGCCGCCGCCUCGCUCGCCAUCUUCGUCAUCUCCCCCCAGCAGGCUCUCUGCACAGUCCGACUCUGGUGUCACACGCACCAUCCCCAACGAUUCCACCGUCACCGUGACGAGGCACACGACCAUAACCCGGGAGCUGUCCAGCAUCGGCACGGACUCUCUGGCGCCAUCAUUCACCACUACCACUGAGCUGGGCGCGGACGCGACGUCCUCCUCCUCCAUCGUCGAGACGCAGCCGCUGCCGACGAGCACGUCGCCGCCAAGCCAAGACGCGAACCCCGGCAUCAACACCGGCGCCGUGGCUGGCAUCGCGGUGGGAGGCGUUUGCGCCGCCGCUCUGCUGGUCGUCCUGCUCUGGCUGUGGAAGAGGCGCCGCAACAACCGAGUGGCGGAGGAGGCCGCCGACAACCUGAGCGACCACGCUCCGGUGGUGGCGGCCGUCGACAAGUCGAGGCUGCGCGACAGCAUCUUCGGACGGCGGCCCACGCCGCCCACCUCGCUCCCCCCCCAUCCGACGCCGCAGCACCACCACCAAGCUUCAACGGGGCAAGGAUACGGCUACGACCCGUUUGCGCCCUUUGGAGGUCGCGCCGACCAACCGGCUAGGAGGAACUCGCCGCUGCCGCCACACCACCCCGACACGUUCGAGAUGGACGGCCGCGGGGUCCACGUCGUCGAGCUGCCCAGCACGCCCGUGGCCGCGGCGGCCGGCGCCAGGGUCCGCCAGGACAGUCCGAGACGCGUGGGCGGCGGCGGCGCCGCGCGGGUCGUCGGGGUGGUUAAGCAGCGCCCCAGCUCCGAUCCGCACGCCACGCUCAACCACCUGCCAAGACACAACGGCCGGCCGACCUACAUCAACCAAUGGAACCAGUAUAAGGUGCUGUCCGGGGAGAUCCAUCCUCCCAGAAGGUAG